AUGUACUUAAUAGGUGGUUGGAUAGAUAAAGGUUUAUAUUAAAGUAAUGUAAUAUAUAUUCUUGAUUUAGAUUCGUUAGAAUGGGAAAAAAAGCCUUCCAUAGGUCAAUAUCCAGGACCAUGUAAUAUGCAUACAGCAGAAGUUUAUGAAAAUUAAAUAUUUGUUUUUAGAGGAGGUGAUGGUUAAUAAUAUUUAAAUGAUUUACAUAGUUUAGAUAUAGAUACGUUUAAAUGGAUAGAAGUAUAAACAAAAAAUACAAAACCAUAGCCUAGGGCAAACCAUUCUUCGUGUUUAAUAAAAGAUGAAAUGUAUAUUUUUGGAGGUUGGGAUGGUUUUAAAAGAUUAAACGAUUUACACAAAUUGAAUUUAAGAAGUUUAGAAUGGCUAAAAAUUGAUGUAAAAAAUGACAUAUUACCACUUCCUAGGGCAGGAAUGAAAAUAUUACAUAUAGAAGAUAAUAUUUAUAUGUUUGGGGGAAGUGGGAAUGUUAAUAAUGGUCAAAACUAGUUAAUUUGUUAUAAUGAUUUUUGGAUUUUUUCAAUAAAAGAUAAUUAUUGGAAUUAAUGUAAAAUAUAGAUUAAAGGAUUGAAUACAAAUAGUUAAUAAUCUAUAUAGCCUAGAAGUGGUCAUUCGUUUAAUUUUUUUAAUGAUUAAAUCUAUGUUUUUGGGGGCAGUAAUGGAAACAACUAUUUUGAUAGUUAUAUAAUAUUUGAUGUUAACCCGAAGCCUUAAUUAAUUGCUAAUGAUAAUAUGGAUUUUGAUAAUUUUUUUUUAUAAAAUAUUUCUUCAUUUUAUAAUUAACCAUAAUUUUCUGAUAUUAUUAUUUUAGUAUAAAAUUAAUAAUUUUAUGCGCAUAAAAUAAUUUUAAGUUCAUUUUCCGAAAAUUUAAAAAUGAUGUUUACAGUAGGAAUGGCUGAAACUAAAGUAAAUUAAAUUUAAAUUUCUGAUAUAACUCCUCAUGUUUUUAGUAUUUUAUUAUAAGGUAUUUAUAAUAGAAAUCUGUCUUUAUAAAAAAAGAUAUGGAAAAUAUUGAUUUACUUUUUGAUGUUUAUAAAGCUAGUGAUCAGUUUUUGGUUGAAAAGAUUAAGUUUUAAGUUUAAUAAUAUAUAGCCUAAAUUAUUAAUUUUAAUAAUUAUAUGGAUAUUUUAAAAAAAGCUUAAUAGGUGA